CCACCCCCGCUGCCCGAAGGCUCCUCGUCCCCAGAUUUAGGAUGUGCCCUCUUCGGCUCCGAAAGGUUUCUACUCCCAAGUUUCUGCUUUUCCGGAACUUUCCCAUGUAGCUUUGGUCAAGAUCAAAUGGUUAAUAUGAGUAGAUGAUAAGUGAUUUCCAGAUUUAAUAUCAAAACACGUUUUGUCAGUUUCGACAUGUUUGGUCCCUUUUGUUUUUAAUGCCUCACCUACUAUUUGGAAGAUGCUUAAUGUUACCAAGUUUACCCAAGAGGCACCCGAACUACAUAAAUACUGGGACCCCUCUCGUCUCUGAAUGUCACCUUUCAUAGGAGAUAACUGCCAACAUUUAAGGCUCAUUAAGUAUGGGUUAGCCCUUUAAAAAAAUUGAAUGAAAGGAUAAUAUUGACCUGUUUAAUUGGUCCAUCAUUAGUAAAACAAAAUACUAUAGUUGGUGAAGUGCAUAGGGACAAGCCCUAAACCUGAGCGCCAUCAGAUUGGUGUGGCAGGGGCUUAAAAAAAGUCUGAUAAACAUUGUUCACGAAUUACUAGUAUCAAAGCUCACCAAGGAGAUUAAAAAAUUUAGAUAACAAGCUUUGAAUUAGGAGCCCAGAGUAACAUCAGAAAAGGAAGCGUGCAGUUUUUUAAAGAAUCUUUCAGUGGUCAUUGCCAGUGCAAUCCAGGGAUCAUUAGCAUCAGCAAAACCUAAGGUAAAAACGGAAGUUACCAAACUGAUAGACCCCUUAAAUACUCUGCUCCCAUUCUUUGUACUCCAGGAAACUUGAAAAUAUGGAAUUUAGUAGGUGCCUACUAGGAAAGAAAGUGCUGCAGGUAAAUUCUAAAUUUACUAAUAAACCCAUUCAAAAAAUAGAGGACCUACUGAGUAUGAGGCCUUAAACUAAGAGCUUAGGACACAGCCUUGAUCAAAACAGGCAAAAUAUUCCUUGUGGAACUCAUUCUACUGCAGGAAUCAAACAAAAAGGAAAUCAGAAUUUCAUUUACUGAACCAACCAUGCAGAGAUCCGAGAGAAAAGCAGUGUGUGUGUGCUGCGCUGUAACUAAUCCCACUUGUCAGGAGGAGCUGUGUACCUAGACGGGGAGGACAGGAGAACUAUAGGAAAGGAGGGUGGUGCAGGUCAUGCAGGGCCUUCACAGCAGUUUUUAGGCAAGGAGGGUUUUCAGAGAACAAUGAUCUAAUCAUCUGAGUGAAAUCAAGAGCUUUAAGAUACUGUGAGAGAUGAUGGUAGCCUGGGAGUAACAGCAGUGGAGGUGAGAAGCCUUUUAAGUUCAGGAUGAUUUGGCUCAUGUACAUCCUGGGCUUGCUGAUGCAGUGGAUAUGGGUUUGAUGAAGGAAUCAAGGUUUUUGGUCUGCAGAUUGGUUGAGUAGUGAUGCCUGAAAAAUAAUUCUGAAAUACCAAACUCAGGAUGCUUUUGCAUACAAAAGGUGUUGAUGAAUUAGGAGACAAAAACUUGGGAGAGGUUAGGUGUGAUUUGCAAAUUUGGGAGUCUGUCAUCCUGGGAAUGGCAUUUAAUUGAAAGCCCUACAUUUCAGAGUGGGCGGGGCAGUUCUUCAACCUGAGAGGUCAUCAGAGGGGGGAACAGCAACAAAACUGCCAGAAAAUAGUGGAAAACCAGGCGGCCUUGACCAACCCUUUGAAGCCAAGGAAAGAAAAUGUUUCAAAAACAAAUGUUUGCCACAUGUGCUGAUGGAGAGUGGUAGAUUUUACAGUCUGUCUCAACCAAGCUGCAGCGGUGGAGUGUAGGGAUAAAUGCCUUUUUGAAGGAAUUAAAGGGAGGAGAGGAUUGCAACACAUAGAUUACUUUAGUUUUGCAGUGAAAGGGAGCGGAAAAAUGGGAUAACUUAGGAGGCUGGGGGGGGGAGGUUUGUCAAGAGAGAUGGGGUUGUUUAGAUUACAGAGAGAAGAAUGGUGCAAAUGAGGAAAGGGUAACUAGAAGCAAACUCCUUGAGUGGUGAAGAGCGGAAUUAACUGCAGUUAGGACUGGGUUUAAAUAGGAUGGGGCCGGUUCCCCUUAGGCAGCGAGAGGAAAGAGGAAAGGGCACUGGUGCAGGGACGUUUGGCAGUGGGAGGGGAGGUGGCUCUAACUCAAUGUUUCUUUAAACUGGCAGCCCAGCUUAGAAAUCUCUUCUGACCAUCCCUUAGUUCCAUCAAGGUGAGCUGGAAAAGCUGCUUUUCUAAAUCUAAGCUUAAAAAUUUCAUGGGGCAUCUGGUUGGUUCAGUUGGCUCUGGAUAGUUGGCCUUGGGGUCAUGAAUUUGAGCCCCAUGUUGGGUGUAGCUUAUUACGUUGAGGGAAAAAAAUCUUAAAAUUUUUAAAGACUUAAACUAUACGAAGUCUAAAAAAUGUCCUUAGUUUAAGGGCUUAACUUUGUGAAAGCAAAAGUUAAACCUUAAAGUUGCAGACUCCGUAGGGAAUAAAAAUGUGAAAAGCCUGUGCAUCCUAAGUAGAACUACUUAGAAGGGACUUAACCAAGGCUGAAAAUUCUCCGUUAGUAGCAGCAGUAGAGAGGCCUAGUGCUCUUAAAAUCAGUCUGUGUGUUCCUACCCAGUUUGGAUACAAAUUGCAGAUACACGGUUAUGUACUUAGUCCUGUUACCUCCCAGAUGUGACCUCUGGGAAAAGUCCCAAGCUUCGGUUUUCUCAUUUAUGAACCAAAGGGUUAAGUGACCGUGGAAAGGACAGGCUUUGGGGGUCUGGCCAACUUCCCCUUCCAGCCUGCCAGCUCAAAACAGCCAGGCUCAGGAGAGGGGGUGAGAGGUGAACAGGGAUGUAAGGGGCCUGCCACGAACAGCCCCCCACCAGCUCCACAUUGUGACAUCGGUUAAUAAGGCCAGCGUUGGUAUCUUAAUCUCACCACUACUGACACGAGACUAGUUUUUAUUGGGUGUGGUGCCGAUAAAUGUACUGGAGAAUGUUUGGCAGCAACAUCCUUGGCCUGUAUCCACAUGUUGGGUUUUAAAAGGUUCCAUUUUGAAAAACAUGCAACUUGUUAAGGCGUCUUUUUAAACAAGCUGAUUAUUUUUUUCUAAGAUUUGAGAUGGAUAGGAGGGGAGGGGCAGAGGGAGAGGCUGCAAAGCAGACUUGCUGCAGGGUCCUGACCCGACCCAGUCAGACCCUUAACCGAAUGUGCCAAUGAAGGUGCCCUAAAAUAAACUGAUGAUUUUAAAAGAUUUUUGAGAGCCCUGGGAGGGGAAUGACAAGCAGACUCCACACUAAGCAGAGCCGCAUGGCUCAAUCACACAACCUCGAGAUCAUGACCCCCAACCAAAAAUAGAGGCUUGGCUGACUGAGCCAUUCCCCAAAACACUUAUUCUUCUUCUAAACAGUAUAUAAAAGCUGUUUCCCCAAUCGGGUGGAUUCUUUGGAAGGGGAGGAGGUCAGAGGAAGUCUUCACAUUUUCUAAACUUCGAUCCCAUGGUUGAUCACAGACCGGAGUCGAUCUGAGGGGGCAAACUUGAAAACCUCUAGUCUCCUAGCUGACUUAAGCAGUGCUAUUUCAGUAUUUGGCAACUGUGAUACUUGAAGCAUUUUGUCCAAGUGCCCCAGGAAGAUCUUGCUUGCAGGUUCAGGUGUAUCCUCAAGUAACUCAAGAGGACUCUAUGAAAGGAGCCUACAUGAAGCAGCCAUGGUGUGGGGUGUGUGGCAGCCAACCUACUUAGAACCCUCUGCCCAAAGGAAGACAGGGUGGUAAGGUGGGGCAUUUAGCCCUCAGCUGAAAUGUCAAGUCUAACAGAAUGCCAGACGGCCUGUGGAGUAGCUCACCCUCCCACCCACCAGGACUGGACUGUGUUCCAUCAUUUCUUGCCCUGAAGUUUUUUCUGAAUGAAAUGAAAAGCCUAGAAGCAGAAUUAAAUCCCCCAAUCUCUAAGAAAGUCUACAACUACAUCUACAACUAUAAGGAGCACCUGCCCUUUAAGCUCCUAGGAAUUUUAGAUGUUGAAAACAUUCCCUGUGCACGGGAUUCGGUAUUGUAUGGUUCGUUAGGAUCGGUUGUGGCUGGCCUUGGACAUUUUUUGCUAACUAGUAGGAUUAGAAGAUCAUGUGACGUUGGAGUAGGAGGAUUUAUCUUGGUGACUUUAGGAUGCUGGUUCCACUGUAGGUAUAAUUAUGCAAAGCUCAGAAUCCAGGAAAGAAUUGCCAGAGAUGGAAUUAAAAAUAAGAUUUUGUACGAAAGUACCCACCUUGAUCCUGAAAGAAAACCAACCACUGACAAGAACAGCAGUUGAGCAGUCUCAAGCACCAGAAUACAACUCUGGAGUCAGAAUAAAGUAGAGGACAACUCUAUUAAGCCUCGUAUGUACCAUUACUUUCAAUCAAGUAAAUAAAGGAUGUGUUGGUUGUAGUCUC